AUGAUAUUCUCGGAUAUUUACAAGAGCCCGCGAUCACCCAUCGCUAAGCUCCGUCACCACUCGGUCCAGUUGCCGACACCGCUGCCAACCAAUACCCCAGAUUGGUACGGCGAGGAACACGCAGACCUUCUCAGCAAGGACAAGGUGAAGCAGAAGGAAGCAGUGAAGAGGUAUCUCGACGCCAAAGUCAAGAACGAUUGGGAGUUCCUAUGGCCUUCUCGCGUUGUCGAGCCCCCACUACUUGAGGGCGAUGUUGCUGUUGUCGACACUGCAUCUGAAACACAUGAUGCAAUUGAGGCUGUCACCAGUCUCGAUGUCACAGAACCGACAAAGUCUGUCCAGGAUGAGACGCGCGGGGAUGAUGGCUACCAAGUCGAUGAACCUGAGUCUUCAGGUAACGAAAACGGCAGCGAUGCCGAGUCCAUGUACAGUACUGUCUCUGAAGAUUUAGUCAACUUUCGCACACGUCUAGACUGGGCCUCAGACCUUUCUGAUGAUGAGGACGAGCCUGGACCUUCGCGAUCACCUUUCCGCUUUGACAACCCCAACAAUGUGGGCUCCAGUGUCCAAGCUGUGGUUCAGGGCAAGCGCGCCAAGCGAAGGAGAGCAGUUCGCAAGGAAAUGGAAUGGAACGAAGGACUCGCCUGUUUCGAAGCGCGGCGAAAUGCAUGGACGGGCGCACGAACUGUCCGCGUUCGGGCCAAGCCUGCAACGCCCCCUGCUGUGUCACCACUAUCUCCCCGUCGAUUCUUCUUCCGUCGCUCCAUGUCAACAUCUCCUCCUGCCUCGACAAUUGCGUCUACUUUGCCACCGCAAGUCAGUGACGCGUCAGACAAUUCAUCACUCGCGAGAAGCGACGAGCUUCGCAAUGCUCGAUCCAAAGACACGACGCCAUCAACACCUCCCGACAGCCGAAAUUAUCCCAUCGAGGUCCUGCUUCCUCUUCCCCCACCUCUCCUACCUCCCAAUAACCCUCUGCGUGCAUCCAUCACACCUUCUGUAUAUCUCAGUCUCUACGACAAGGUCAUCAUCCACAGCCUUCAGCCCUCGUGCCCGAUUAAUUUGUCCGAUAUGCUUCGAGCUUGCGUUACUGGCUGGAAGCGAGAUGGCGAGUGGCCCCCACGACCGACAAUGGCUCCUGCUCCUGUCGCCAAGAAGAAGAAACCUAAGAAGCCUUCAAACCCCUCAGAGAACGCGGGCAGUACUGUACGCCGCAUGAGCUUUGGCCUGCUGGGCCGCGACAAGGACGAUUCGACAAGCGGCAAGGGCAUUCGCCGCAGCCUUGUUAGAGCCCUCGGCAUUGGAGAAGGGACAGAGACCCCUAAAUGA